UAUUUUUACUCUUAGUAGAUCAGAAUGUCCAUAACAAGGAGCAGUCUGUUCCAAAGGGUUCUACUCCCCCUUUGAGCCUGAAGGGCUUUUUUUUUUUUCUUUUGGUCAGACAAUAUGUUGGUUUACAUUUAAGAUCUAUAAUACUUAGUUUGGUUUAAACAUUUUGUAUUCCCAGUCAACUUUUUUUGGUGAUGAGCUGGUGUUUUAAGAUUUGAUGUUGUUUUUCAUCAUUCAGAACAUUGCCUGAAGCAGGUCCACCAUGCCGUUAGUAACGAGGAACAUCGAGCCAAGGCACCUGUGCCGUCAGACGUUGCCUAGCGUUAGAAGCGAGCUGGAAUGCGUGACCAACAUCACCCUGGCAAAUGUCAUCCGACAGCUGGGCAGCCUGAGUAAAUAUGCAGAGGACAUUGUUGGAGAGCUCUUUACUCAGGCAAAUACCUUUGCCUCUCGGGUAAGCUCCCUUGCUGAGAGGGUCGACCGCCUACAAGUUAAAGUCACUCAGCUGGAUCCCAAGGAAGAAGAAGUGUCACUGCAAGGAAUCAACACCCGGAAGGCCUUCAGAAGCUCUACCAUUCAAGACCAGAAGCUUUUUGACAGAAACUCUCUCCCAGUACCUGUCUUGGAAACCUAUAACACCUGUGAUACUCCUCCACCUCUCAACAAUCUUACCCCUUACAGGGACGAUGGGAAAGAGGCACUCAAAUUCUACACAGACCCUUCGUACUUCUUUGAUCUUUGGAAGGAGAAGAUGCUGCAGGACACCAAGGAUAUCAUGAAAGAGAAGAGAAGGCAUAGGAGAGAAAAGAAAGAUAAUCCAAAUCGAGGGAAUGUAAAUCCACGUAAAAUCAAAACACGGAAGGAAGAGUGGGAGAAGAUGAAGAUGGGACAAGAGUUUGUGGAAUCCAAAGAAAAGCUGGGGCCUUCUGGGUACCCACCCACCUUGGUGUACCAGAAUGGCAGUAUUGGCUCUGUUGAAAAUGUGGACAGAAGCAGCUACCCACCGCCACCGCUGUCAGACUCCACCUCUCCGCCUUCUCCUUCCUUCUCUGAGGACAGCUUGCCUCCCCCACCAGCAGAAUUCAGCUGCCCAACAGACAGCAACCAAAGAGGGCCUGGCUUAGCUGGACCCAAAAGAUCCAGUGUGGUCAGCCCAAGCCAUCCACCACCAGCUCCUCCUCUGGGCUCUCCACCAGGCUCCAAACCCGGGUUUGCUCCACCACCUGCCCCUCCACCUCCACCUCCAAUGAUGAGCGUUCCACCCCCUCCACCGCCUGGAGGAUUUGGGCCUCCAGGGACCCCACCACCACCUUCACCCCCAUCUUUCCCACCUCACCCCGAUUUUGCUGCCCCUCCACCUCCUCCCCCACCGCCUGCAGCUGACUACCCGACUCUGCCACCACCUCCCUUGUCCCAACCAAUAGGAAGUGCACCUCCGCCUCCCCCUCCUCCCCCUCCCCCGGGGCCCCCUCCUCUCCUUUUCAGUGGUCCCAAUGUCCAGCCUGUCACACCACCACCACUUUCUGAUGCCACCAAGCCUAAGUCCUCCUUGCCUCCUGUGAGUGAUGCCCGCAGCGACUUACUUUCAGCCAUACGUCAAGGCUUUCAGCUGCGCAAGGUUGAGGAGCAGCAGGAACAAGAGAAACGAGAUGUCGUGGGCAACGAUGUAGCCACCAUCUUGUCACGUCGAAUUGCCGUGGAGUACAGCGACUCAGAAGAUGACUCCUCUGAGUUUGAUGAGGACGACUGGUCGGAUUAACUCUUUCUGCCUGCUGCCCUCCUCCUUUUUCUUUCCUCCUGCUGCCUUCUUUGAUGCAUAUCCCAACAGUCUGAUGCGGGGGGGGAAAGAGGAAAAAAGAAUUUCAAGGGGCCAAAGUCUUCCCUGAAGCAACCAAAGAUAUAUCCAAGUGCUUCCUCCAAAUCAACAUACAUUUUCCCAUCUCCCCAUGGACAGGCCCCAUGGGGGCUCCUGAGAUUCAGUAGCUGAGAUGUUCCCUCUUCCCUUCAAGUGACUGUUGCAUAUUGAAGAGAAGGCAGAACUCCAAAGCAGAUCCCUUUGAUUGGGUUUAGAUUGGAGUUGGUAUCUUCCUCUGGGAGCCAUUUUCAUCUGUAGUCUCCUUCCAAAAUCCUUACCCUUCAAAUAGUGCCAGCCAUCUUCUGGUCCUAAAGCCUGCAUGGGCACGGCUGGCCCCUUUCCCAUGCGCUGAGAGGGCAGAGCAGGCCACAUGCCCUAGCAGCCAGACUGCCACACCUUUGUGCCGUGGUCAGCAGGGUGAGCUAGCUACCUUUUGCUAAGCCAUCUCUGUCUCGGUGCGCUUUAUUCUAGGAGCCAUCAGGCCCUAAAGAGUGUCUCCCUCUCUACCCAGAAAUGGUGCCUUUCUGAAGGCUGAAGUUGUUGCCUCCCCUCAGGCUCUCUGCAGAGUGUGGUGUUCAAGUGUCCUUUAAAUACCCCUCCCUCACUACCAGGUGCUUUAGGCACCAGAGCCCAGUUCAAACCUCCAGUACCCAUGACCAAACUAGCCUUGACAGGGAUCUGGACCUCUGUUGGCCAUCAGGGGCCAAGCUUAGAGACUCGGAACUGCAGAACUGGAAGAAUGAUGGAACUCCUUGGAUCCUACCCUCUUAAUGAUGCUGGGAAAUGAUUUGCUUCAGGUCUUGAGGUCACACAGUUGGAUGGUGACAGAACUCUAGAGCCCAGAAUUCCUGGUUCCAAGUCACCUGUGCCUUCUGCGACCAAAUAGUGGGCACUUGGAGGAGUCCAGGUAGAGCAGUCUUGGCUCUUUACUACUCCAGACCUCACCAUAGGUGGGAGUCCCAGGAGGAGGACUCAGAGCCAGUGCCGGGCCUCUCAGUGCUGCUCAGACCCUUAUAGCCUGUCUUACAAUUCUUUGCUCCCCCUUUACUAUCGCCAUUGAACCACAUGGCCUUGGGAGCUGCCCUUCUGGGGGACCAAAGGUAGUGAGAGAAGGAAGGGGGUACGCAGCUUUGACAGGUGCUGCUUUCAAUUCCUCUGCAACUCGUCCCCCUUUUAUUUCCCCAAUUUAAGCAUAGGUUCUGCCAACUAUAGAAACUUCAGUCCCUCAGGCUGGUGGCUGCCGCAGGUAGCUGCCUAGGGGGGCCUGGCAGCUGUGAGGAGGGCUGAAAGGCUGAGGGGCUCUGGGUCUUGUUUCCAGCUCCCUCCUCACUGUGUGCCGUGAUGUUCCCUCCCUCACUCCCCCUUUUCCCAGAGCUAAUACACAGGUGCUAUUAUUCAGAAAAAAACUGGUCAGCUUUGGCCAACAGUGAGGUUUCUUCUCUUCUGCCCUAACUAUUGUGUAGCCUCUUAUGCUGAAACCGGCUUCUCCUGGCUUCUCCGGCUUUCAGAGCCCUGAAACAAAGAGAAACAGGAUCUGUCUCUACCCAGCACAGCAAAUGGUUGUAGUAAUUGCCAAAGCCCUCAUAAACCCCUCCGGCUUGAGGGGAGUGUGUAAUCAUGGGUACUACCGCUGUGCCCUGGCUGGAUGCUCCCCCUCUGCCUUCUUUCCUUGAACUCUAUCCUGGGGACUGAGCCUGUAGGGGCCAGCAUGCCCUCCUGCUGGGGCUACUGCAGACUGGACCCCCGCCCUCCCCAGAUCAGAUGUCUGCCAUGGGGCGGGCACCGUGCUCCGUGCUGGCCAUACCAGACUGUGUGUGCCCCCCACCUUGCUUCCCACCUUGUACUUAGGAAGCUGAAGGUGCUUUCUUCAGAACCCUAAAAUGGCUGUUGAAGGUGUCCCUGGCUGCAGCCCAGCAGUGGCUCGGAGAGGCAGGUGGAGGGCAGUGGUUCUCCCAAAUAGGAGUCCUGGGGCCUGGCCAGGCCAGGGUUCGGGCCUAAUGGCUUUGACUAAAUUACCCCCAUCCCCCUCCUUUCCGGAAAAGGGGGAGCCAGCGCCACUUGCUAUCAUUCUGCUCUGACCUUGAAGGGGGCGGUGUUGGCCUGGCUUCUGGAAUGGACACAGUCUGCCCUGGAAAGGGCUGGGGGCAGAAGGGGGGGCACUGCCUGCGGAAGGUAGGAUUAGAUCAUUAGCUCAGUGACCUCCUAGGGUUUCGAUGUGCUGUGUUCUCAUCCUACAGCUGGUUUGGUAAUGAUCUGCAAGUCCCGGAGAGCAACAGCACAGCUCUGCCUGACGCUCUCAUUAAAAUCUAUGCAGCCAAGCUCUGUGCUUUGUAGCAGCCGGUCUUGCGAAGCCUCCUCAGCUCGGGGGGCUGGGGACCCAGUCAGCUGAGAGGCCCUCUGGGCUCUAUUUAUGCAUAUGUGCACCAAAACAAAAUAAAACAAAAAACCCACAAUGCUUCUUUAAACCCGGAGCCCUUUAAGAUGAUAAAGGACCCUAUGCAGGUAAUUGUGCGUCUUUGGAAUCCUAUAAUUGUAGAAUGCAAAGUUUAGUGAUUAUUUAAACUGGGCUGAGGCUGGCAAGAGUGUGGAGCAGUAGUUCAUAAGGACUCUAAAGCGCUGAAGCUAAGGAGCCACCUCCCUUCCCUAGUUUGCCCAGCCCAGGGGACCUGCCCCCAUUCCUGUGGCCCAGGGACCCAGCUUCCAGUCGGCAGUGUCAGAAGUGACUUGUGGCUUUGCCACGGUUGUGAGAUGACUACAUUCCAAAGGAGCAGCCACAGGGAGGGGGCAGGCUCUGCGAUACCUUGGAGGCUCAGAGCAGCUGGCCCAAGCUCCAGCUCGCCUCCAACGGAAGCUCAAGCGCCCUCAGAAACGACCCUGGCCAAUGUCACCGCAGAGCCGAGGCAGUGUUGUCAGGGCUAAUGUGAAAUCUCUUCCCGUGGCGCCGAUCCUCCGGCUCUGCAGCGCCAGCUUGGACAGAUUGAGGUCUCUGUGGCUUUGGUGACCCUGCUUAAGCAUUCCCACCGUGUCCCAGCUUCGCUCUCAGCCUGCCUCCCUCCGCAGCCCCCCUCACCUGACCUCAGGGCCUGGGGAGGGGGCCAGUGCCCCAGGGCAAGGGGCUGUUGCUCAGGAGAGAUGUCAGGCUUCCUGGUGUCAUCAGGCUUUGAGCUCUACUGGGGUCCAGCAGACCUGGGACCAGGUGUCACUAGGAGAUAUGCCUCAUGCUGUGCCUCCAUGAGGGCUAGGGAACAAUUCUGUUAUUGUAUUAACUUGACUCAGUUAACUCACUUGAGAAACUAACCAAUUUUUACUUUCUGUCUAGAAUGAUGUACAUGUAGGAGAGUGAGCUAUAAUGCUCCCAAAGUGCCUUGUUUUCUCUGAUAUAAAUAUAUUUAUAAGGACCUAUUCCAGUGGAUUCUUGGGUGUGUUUGCCACAUCGAUUUUAGGGAGUGGGCGUAUAUGUAGUAGGGAUACAGUCUGGAAAUGGGUCCCUUUCCCCUCAGGGUGGGAGAGGAGAGGUGGGGGUUAGAGACCUGUGAGGGUGGGGUUAAAUCAAACCCCCGAGGUGACUCUUUCCUCUUCGCCCUACUCCUCUUAGGCUUAGAAGGACGUCCAGUUUUUUUAAAGCCCUGUGGCUCCAAGCCUGGUCUCAUUUGUUUCCCUGGCUGGCUCACGUGUGGACCACGUUAGCACCCCAUGGCCUGAGGAUUCCACGUAACGAUUUUAUGUUAUACGUGCAAAUAUGUAAAUGCCAACAUUUUAAAUAAUUUGAUAAAUCUUUGUAGCUGCUCAGCCA